AUGUUGAAAAGUAAGUCGGAUCAUUCUGUGUUCUAUAAACGAUCAACUGCCGGUAUCAUUAUGUUAGUUGUGUAUGUUGAUGAUAUUGUUAUUACUGGAAAUGAUACUAGAGAAAUCUUAUCUCUUAAAUCUUUCCUUCAUACUCAGUUUCACAUGAGGAUUUGGGGAUGCUCAAGUAUUUCUUGGGAGUUGAGGUCACUCGAAGUAAAUAAGACAGGAAAAUUGGGAGUAAAGCCUUGUAGUACUGCAAUGAGUCCUAAUGUGCACCUUACAAGAGAUGGGGAACCAUUUGAAGAUCCUGAAAAAUAUCGCGGGUUGGUUGGAAAGUUGAAUUAUCUUACCGUGACUCAUCCAGACAUUGCAUUCUCAGUUAGUAUUGUCAGCCAGUUUAUCUCAUCUCCAACAGUUCAUCAUUGGGUAGCGUUAGAGCAAAUUUUGUGUUACUUGAAAGGAGCACAAGGACGAGGUGUUGUUUACGUAGAUCAUCGUCACACUCAUAUUGAGUAUUUCUCAGAUGUAGAUUGGGUAGGUUCCAAGUUGGAUAGAAGAUCUACUUCAUGUUAUUGUAUUUUUGUUGGAGGGAAUUUGGUCUCUCGGAAGAGUAAGAAGCAAAAUGUUGUGUCACGAUCCAGUGCAGAGCCAGAAUAUGGGGCUAUGCCACAGUGUGUGUGUGAGAUUAAGCACAUCAAAAUUGAUUGUCAUUUUGUUCGUGAGAAAAUUCAGCAAGGCUUGAUCUCUAGGGGAUAUGUGAAGACUGGUGAACAACUAAGGGACAUCUUCACAAAAGCAUUAAAUGGGAUGAAGAUCAUGUGA